AUGUCUAAAGCCAUUUUAGAGGAAGUUAGUAUACCUGACAAUGUAAAAGCCAAAGACCUCAAACUUUGGAACGUUAAUUUUGAUGAGAACCAGAUGAGCAAUUCUCCUGAUGAAUUAUUAAACGAUAAUAAUGAAAUAAAAAUGGGGUCACAAAAGGUUGGAGCAACUUUUUAUGGAGUCCAAGGAAACAAUAUUCGAGUUGUCGUUAGAGCUCCUGUGUCACCGUCAUACACCGCCUCUGAUGGUCACUCCGUAGAAUUGCCACCCCAAAUAAUUGACAUGCUUGAAAGUGACAAAUUCGUACCUGAUCUGCGUACUACUUUUAGAACUGCCUUCCAGAACAUUCAUGUUGGCCAAUCAAUUACCCUACUACAUCUUGGCCAGGAACCUAAGCACUUCGCUGAAGGUUAUCAAGGAAGGACAUUACUUAUUACUGGGCAGAUGAUUGACAUAUGGGACAAGCUUUCAGCAGAUAGUGACCAUUCGAUCAAGCGCGUUUUUUCAGGCCCAAUGGGUGUGGAUAUAUCUGAUCUAAAUGUAGAAUCAUCAAAGAAAGCAGGAGAUGUGAUUUGCAGGUACUUCCUGGCACUUAAUAAAGAUAUUUUGACUGCCACUGAUCUUAAGCGGAUUAUUCGACAUGUUGAUUAUGAUUCUAAGGAGAUUGAGGUUACCAUCGCUGAAGAAAUUCUAGACUUAAUCAAAUUAGCAGAUCGCAAAGCUCUAUUAAUUGUUGACGAACAUGAAAGUUUCAAAUUUGCAUGUGUAAUCUUGACGGGAACUGCACAUGCUAGAUAUGAGAGGAAAUAUAUGAAAAAUGGUCAAUAUGAGUUUUGGGUGAUCUAUGUUGGUCUACUACAGAGCAAUGUAUUUGAUAUUUUGUUACAGUUGCAUUCCGUUCUGAGAAUACAAGGCAUCAAAGAAGAGGCAAAAAAGGUUACGAAUUCUGGUAUCUCUAUAGCACAAAUUAAUGGAAAACAGAUCGAUAUGUAUUUAGAUGAGAUGCAUGGUCCUAGUCAUUCUGCUAAAAUAGAUUCACAAAAUAGGUUUGUUAUUAUCAGAAAUGGCAUACGUGUGUCUGGAUUUCGUAUUGUCUAUAUUCGAGGUAGUCUCGGUACUUCCAAUCACUCUGGAAAAGUUCGUGAAUUCUCCAACAUAGCACUCAUGAGCAUACUAUUGUCAGGUGGAAAGCAAAGUUCGUCCAAGAUUACUGAGGUCGCUAAAGAAACUUCUAACCAG